AUGUACCUGUCGGCUGCUCAACAACCUCAGCAUCGAGAGUUUGUUCAGCAUCCCGCCUCCGUUCCACGCGCUGCGACAUUGCAGCUCGGCAGCCGAAGCCCAGACCUUCGCUCCAUGGAAAGGAGUGCCCAGGAAUACUCGCAGUCAGGUUUGCCUUCGCCCUAUCCAAGCGUCCUAGGCGACUCCCAGUCUGAAGCUUCCUCCGCAGAUCACGCGUCUGCUGCUCAGUACUCCAGCUCUGGUGAACCGCGUUCCGCGAACUACUCCACGUCGGCUACGCCCACCUCAGAAUACGGAGUCUAUCCGCCUUCAGCGAGGUCAGGUUCGUUCCCUGAGCAUAUUCAGCGCGCAUCAUACCAUCCAGCAAGCAACCACGGCGGCAGCAGCGGAGGUAUGGCGCAAACACCAACAAGUCCGUCCAUGCCUUCUCAAGAUGGACGCAACCAUCAACCCCAGCAAGUCAAGUCUAACGACGAUAUCCCCCUAGAUCCCUCGCUUGCAGCACCCAGCCCUACGUACGGCCAGAGCCAGUACUCACCGUACGGUCCGCCCCAACAUCACGACAACAUGCAGAGCUACCCGCAGAGCGGUAGCCUCUACCCACAGGCGCGGCCUGACUGGGGAGCUUACGGCCAACCCGGCCAGAUGCACCCGCAUCACCCUUACCCACCUACGCCGACAUCUGUCGCGCCUCCCGGCCGACCUGCUCAGGUUUACUCGUUCGUUCCCAUUCCUGGAGCGCAGCAGCACAAGCGUCCCCGCAGAAGAUAUGAGGAAAUUGAGCGUAUGUACAAGUGUGGAUGGAAUGGCUGCGAGAAGGCCUACGGCACCUUGAACCACUUGAAUGCCCAUGUCACCAUGCAAUCGCACGGACAAAAGCGAACACCUGAAGAAUUCAAGGAAAUCCGCAAGGAGUGGAAGGCCCGCAAGAAGCAGGAGGAGGCUGAUCGCAAGGCCGCCGAAGAGGCUGAACGCCAGCGUCAGGCUCAAGAGGCCGCCGCUCAUAACGGUGCACCUGGCCCUGAGGCUGCCGCUGGCCAGCCUGGGCAACCUUACGGUAGUGGUAGCUUGCCUCCUAUCCGGUACCCUACCGCUGGUAGCCAGUACCCCGCUCCCCCGUCGUCUGUUCCUCAGCAACCGCUUCCAGAGUAUACCAGCCCUACAAAUAGCAUGUACCCUGGACACUACCCGCCAGCGUCGCCUUACGCAGCCCCCGGUCAGCAGCAGAUGUACAGCCAGCGUCAGUAA